AACCUAAUCGCAGUUUUUUGGUGAUGCGGAUGUGAGCUUGGAAGCUUCGAGGCUGCAAGUGUGAUUCGAGCUGUUCCACCAAUUCUUGCUUGAAGACCUGCUUCUCGGCAAAUUGUGUCGAGUCUAUGUGAGGAUUAGGCAGUGAAGUAAGCUUUGGCUGAGAUUUUGGGUUUGGGAUUGGCAAGUACAGGGGGAAGUUUUCCGAAGUGGCGUUAGAGCUGUAAUUCUAUAAAAAGAAUUGCAAGUCUAGCUUGAGGUCCAGCCAUGGAGAGUUCCAAUGCGCCACCGUUGUUCUCGAAACGGAAACCAAAGGCAGCUGUCGCGGCAGCCAGCAACAAGAAGACCGCUGCCCCGGCGCUGUUGGAUGAAGACGCGAAGGCGGCGAAAGAAAUUACGACGUUCGAAGGAUUAGGGUUAACGGACUGGCUGGUGCGAGCAUGCAAGGAGCUUGGAAUGAAGCGCCCCACCUUGGUACAACAAGGGUGUGUGCCGCAGAUUCUUGCUGGGAAAGAUGUUUUUGGUUUAGCGCAGACUGGUAGUGGAAAGACUGCCGCAUUUGCACUUCCGAUUCUGCAGAAAUUAGCCGAGAAUCCGUAUGGUGUUUUUGCGCUGGUGUUGACGCCAACGCGAGAGUUGGCAUUUCAAAUUUCCGAUCAGUUUAAGGCCUUAGGUUCUGAGGUGAAUUUGCGGAGCACAGUGGUGGUUGGGGGGAUGGAUAUGACUACGCAAGCCAAAGCUCUUAUGCAGAGGCCUCAUAUUGUCAUUGCUACUCCAGGCCGUUUGAGGGAUCAUUUUAUGAAUGAUCCUGGCAUUCCCGACGUUUUUGCAAAAGCGAAGUAUUUGGUCCUCGAUGAAGCCGAUCGGCUCAUGGAUGUUGGCUUCGAAAGUGAGCUCAGAAGUGUCUUUGAGACCAUGCCCAGCAAUCGACAAACCUUAUUAUUUUCUGCUACUAUGACGAGUAAUCUGAAAGCUUUGCAUGACCUUUCAUUGGACAAAGCUUUUUUCUAUCAACAAUACGAGGGCUUUAAAACAGUUGAGGCCCUUCAGCAGCAGUACAUCUUAACACCUGCUAAUGUGAAAGAUGUGUACCUUAUGCACAUUAUGUCCACGCUGGAAGAGAGGAAAAUACGUUCAGUUAUUAUUUUUGCUUCCAGCUGCAGGACGUGUCAUUUACUUAGUUUGAUGAUGUCAGAGCUGGAAGUGGAUACAACUGCAUUGCAUUCGAUGAAGACACAGCAACAAAGACUUGCAUCACUAAGUAGAUUCAAGUCGGGGCAGGUUUCUAUAUUGAUUGCAACUGAUGUGGCAAGUAGAGGCUUGGAUAUUCCAACAGUUGAUUUAGUAAUUAAUUACGAUAUUCCCAGGUUUACUAGAGACUACGUACAUCGAGUUGGAAGGACAGCUCGUGCUGGGAGAGGAGGGAGUGCUGUGAGCUUGAUAACUCAGUACGAUGUGCAGCUAGUGCAAGAUAUCGAAGAACUUUUAGGAAAAAAACUAGAGGAAUAUGAAUUGGACGAAGACAAGGUUUUGAAGUCAAUCACAAAGGUUUACAAAGCCAAAAGAGUUGCUAUGUUGAAGAUUGUGGAUAGUGGGUUUGAAGACAAAGUGAAGACUCGAAAGGAACAGAAAGUGAAGACUUUGGUGGACAAAGGUCUUCUGGACCCUAAGAGGUUGAAGGACAAGAAAAGGAAGAGGCCUAGUAGUACUGAUUGAUAGAAGUUAAUUCUCCAGUUUUGUUUGAAAUUAAUUAUUCAGGAAUGCCGGUUGCUCUUGGGACCUUUAACCCACCGUAUGUAAUGAAUAGGAUAUGUUCAGAUAGUGAAUUGUCGAAGGCAGAUUUCAUUUUUCAGCGCUGGCACCAAUGUUGGCCGAGUUCAUGUUGGUUUUUGCACUUUCAGAUGGUUGUAAUUUCUUUGCAUAGGUUUCGUUACCAGA